AGCAACAUUCUUAUAGCGAAAAACGAAGAAGUUUGUUCAGAGUGGAAGGAUAUAGAGCUCCGACCCGGGGACCACAUAGCUGUAAUACCUCCUCUUAGUGGUGGUUAAAAUAGUUCUUUAUUUAAAUUGAAUUUUUUGAAAAGAUGGAUCACCUUAAGCUCACAGUUGACAAACUCUCAGUGGAAAGUAUAAGUGACUUGGUCGUGGAUGAUAGUUGUGGUGCUGUUUCUAUUUUUGUGGGAACCACACGGGACAAUUUUGAAGGAAAAAAGGUUGUGCAUCUUGAGUACGAAGCUUAUGAGUCCAUGGCACUUAAGGCUAUGAAAGUGAUAUGUGAGGAUGCAAGAAGAAAGUGGCCAGCUGUUCAUGGAAUUGCUAUUUACCAUAGGUUAGGCAACGUACCUUGUCGCGAGGCGUCAGUGGUCAUCGCAGUGAGCAGUCCUCACAGGCGGGACUCUCUCGACGCGGUGGCUUUCUGCAUAGACCAGCUGAAGGCCAACGUGCCUAUUUGGAAGAAGGAGGUGUACGACGGCGAGGAACCGGCAUGGAAGGAGAACUUUGAAUGUGUUCAAGCACCGACUGAAAUUAUAGACAAAAGUUUGGUACAGAUCAAUGUAUCGAACGAGGAAAUAGAGAAACGCAUAGAGAACUUUAUAGAAAGGAAGAGAGAGCAGGUGAAUCUGAGUAAUAUACACGACUUCAUACCGAAUAAGUGUGAAGAGAGCGAGGAGUCUGACACUUGUGCACGAGUCAGAACGCAGUUUGUUAAGCGUAACGAUUCUAAAGGACAUCUUAAAAUUCGCAAGGUGCACAACGAGUGGGGCCCGCAGACGGUGCGGCUGGACGCGGAGCCCGCUCGGUCGGAGAGCGGCUUACCCCCCGCCAUUGCGGAGCGCGUGCUGGCGGUCGAGACGUACCUCGGCUCCGGGCCUAUACCGCCCGACAUCUACCGCCGGCUCAAGGCGCUAGAGGACAAGAUCGCGCACCUCCAGUCCAUCUCGCCCGAGUACGCCGUGUUUUGGAAAAACAACAAGGAGGAAAUAAAACAAGAAAAUCUCGUCGACUACCAGUUCUCGGCCGACGAUAUUACACGCAAGAUUGAAAUGUUGGAGAAGCAACAGUGAAAUGGAAUGAAACAGUUACAACCAGUAUUACUGUUGUACUCAUAACUUAUAAGCAUAGAUACUGAAUGUUGUUUUUUAUAUUUGAAUGUAAGUGAAAUAAACAACAUUAAAGCGUGGUAAUGCGAAAUGUAAACUUUCAAGAGCUGAAAUAAAACAAGUUUUUUAUA